AUGCCGCGAGGCGAAGAACGAUGCAAAAAAAGCCACGGUUGUGAUCGUGCGACACGAACAGCUUGGUCCUUGCAGGCCCCCAUCUCGUCGGUGGUCGCUACCAUGAAGCUGUCUGCCAGGCUCUCUGCGCUCGCCGCACUUCUCGCGGUUGCAGCGCGCGUCGAGGCCUUAGUGUCCUCCGUCGGACUGAACGCGACUAGCGGUGCUGUCCCUUCGGUGUCGCCGUCUGGUAUUGGCGCGAGCCUGCCCUUCAAUUCGACUGCGGCUUCCUCCGCGCCCGUGAGUGGGGUGUCUUCUGCGCCCGCGAGUGGGACCUCGACCGCUGCCACUACCACUGCUAUCGCCAACUCGACCGUUUCUGUGCUCCCAACUGCGAGCACACCAACUCCCACUUCCACAGCUGACGUUGGCGAGAUUUCCGGCGUGUCCUACAUUGUCUCGGGGACUUACACCAUCUAUGGUGACCCCGUCCCUACAAACCCGCCCUCCGUGGCGACUUCGCCCACUUCUGGGGAGCCUCCAUACAAUUCUGGGUCUGGAACCGAAGUUGGCUGGCAGACAUGGUCACUCUCGUCGUACGCGUUUACUUCGUACGCGCUGCCGUCGGGUGCCCCCCAGCCACCAUUAUUCGUCGAGACGUCUCCACUCUCUCCGCCCGCUGUGGAUAAUGCUGGCUCUUCCAUCGUACCAGACUUUAGUGCCGCGUGGGAUGCCGCAUUUUACCGUGCAGAACAAUUCGUGAACACGUUGACUGUGGAGCAGAAGGUCAAUGUGAGCACCGGCGUCUUCUGGGAGCAGGGAUUGUGUGUUGGCAACAUCGGCCAAGUCGGCGACUGGCCGGGGCUGUGUCUGCAGGACUCGCCGGUCGGGGUGCGAUAUACCGACUACAAUACGGUCUUCCCAGCGGGAAUCAGUACUGCCGCGACCUUCAAUCGGACGGCCAUACGUAUCCGAGGAGAGCAAAUGGGCGCAGAAUUCAAGGGCAAGGGCGUAAAUGUUGCACUUGGUCCCAUGAUGAACAUGGGUCGCGUCGCGCAGGCAGGGCGCAACUGGGAAGGCUUUGGUGUUGAUCCAUUCUUAACCGGCGAGGCAGCAUACGAAACCAUUUUGGGCAUGCAGGGCUCUGGUGUACAGGCUUGCGCCAAGCACUUUGUUGACUAUGAGCAGGAGCAUAUGCGUACACAGGCGAGCGCGGAGGUCGACGACAGGACCAACCACGAGAUCUAUGUAAAGCCAUUUGCCAGAAGUGUCAUGGCCGGUGCGGCAAGUGUCAUGUGCAGCUAUAACUUGAUCAAUGAUACUUACGCGUGCGAGAAUGACAGGACAUUAAACCAGAUCUUGAAGUAUGAACUCGGUUUCCCUGGAUACAUCCAGUCCGACUGGGGUGCGCAAAUGAGUACUCUGAGUGCGAUGGCGGGCUUAGACAUGUCAAUGCCUGGAGAUAUUACACUUGGCUCGAAUACCUCCUAUUGGGGCGCUAACUUGACUGCCUUCGUCGAGAAUGGCACCAUUCCAAUGUCUCGUCUCGAUGACAUGGCAACGCGUAUUAUGGCCAGCUACUACUUCCUUGGUCAGGACCAGAACUAUCCCAAUGUUUCGUUCAACGCAUUCAACUACUACGACACCGUCCACAACAAGCACAUCGAUGUCGAGGCUGACCACUACAAGAUUGUGCGUGAGAUCGGUGCGCAGGGCGCUGUACUGCUCAAGAACACGAAUGGCGCGCUUCCGUUGAACAAGCCUCGAAACAUGGUCGUUAUCGGUUCGGAUGCGGGCAAUGGCGCCAUGGGUGCAAACGGAUACACUGAUCGCGGUGGUGAUGACGGAAUCCUUGGCCUGGGCUGGGGCUCUGGUACCGCCAACUACCCCUACCUUGUAUCCCCCAUGGAUGCAAUACAAGUACGCGCACGGCAGGAUGGAACGUCGUUGACCAAUUGGUACUAUGACUGGGAUACUGAGGGCGCCGCUAGCGCAGCCCUGCAGAUUGAUGUCGCACUCGUGUUUGUGAACUCAGACUCCGGAGAGGGAUAUAUCACAGUCGACGGAAAUGAGGGUGACAGGAACAACCUUACGCUAUGGCAUAAUGCAGACAAUCUCAUCCAAGCUGUUGCCUCCCAGAACAACAACACUAUUGUCAUUGCGCACUCCGUUGGGCCGUCUAUCAUCGACUCUUGGAUUGAGAACCCGAACAUCACUGGACUUAUCUGGGCUGGUGUUCCCGGUCAGGAAGCAGGUAACGCCAUUGCAGAUGUGCUGUACGGAGACUACAACCCGUCUGGCCGACUCCCGUACACGAUCGCAAAGAGGCUUGAAGAUUAUGGUGUCUUCCUCAUUCUUGACAACGAUGGAUCUGAUAUCAUCAGCAUUCCGUAUACCGAGGGUCUCUUCUAUGACUACCGGAGGUUCGACCAGUACAACAUCACCCCGCGAUAUGAGUUUGGGUUUGGCCUGAGCUACACGACUUUCGAAUACUACAACCUGGACGUAUCGGUCAUUCCGCAGUACGAUUGGACCGACUACUGGCUUAUGGCCAACUGGGCAGCCGGUGAGACGACGCCUCUGACCGAGGGGUCGUCGACAGCGUUCUGGCUGCAUGCGCCCUUUGUGCAGGUGCAGUUCCAGCUCCAGAACACAGGCGCGAUCGCUGGCACGGAAAUCCCGCAAAUCUACGUCCACUUCCCCGAGGGCAGUGGUGAGCCUCCAAGCUUGCUGAAGGGCUUUGAUGCGGUCUAUCUGGAGCCAGGAGAGCUCAAGGUCGUGACCAUAACUAUUCCGCGGUACGAGCUGAGUAUCUGGGAUGUCGUUGGACAGGGCUGGAAGAAGCCAUCGGGUGCGUUCUCGCUGUCGGUUGGAACGAGUAGCAGGGACUUCAGAUUGAGUGGAUACAUUCCGAUUUGA